CAGAGCGAUACAACUAUCGGCAUCUAACUCGUGUGUUACUGCAAGCUGAAAGAUUGAAUGUCUCUGCAUAUAUCGAAAUCUUCAUUUACCUAAUAUCGGGUAAAUUAUGUCCAGCGACUCAAGGUCAAAUUCAGAAGACGAUAAAAGUGCUAUCCAUAUCAUUGUAGAGGAUGACACAAACAAUACAGCAUCAUCAACGGAAGCAAGCAAUUCCAUUUCUACCCCUCCCUUGGUUCUGCCAGGCCCUGGUUACCCAUGGGACAACAAGUGGACCCACGCAGCCACUAAAACACUUCUUGAACUCUAUGUGAAAAAUGAAGAAAAAUUCAAAGAUCCACACACUAAGAAAAAACAAAUAUGGGGAGAAAUCUCCGAAAUCCUGCGUUCUAAAGGUUUUACUUUCGAUGCCGAAAAAUGUGAAAGAAAAUUCCUUAACCUCAAAACUGUUUACCGAAAUAAUGUUCAGCAUAAUUGUAUGACAGGAAAUUUUGACAGGAAGUGUUCAUUCUUCGACGAAUUAGACUCUAUAUUUCAUUUGAGUACCAAAUUGAAAUCCAACAAAAAGCCUACCCCGAAGCUUCCAGAUGUUGUCGAACCGAAAAGAAUUCCACUUCGAAAUCCAGCGAACGAAACAACGCCACCUCCAAAAGUUGUCCCAGUUCCCGUGUUGUUGAUUCCAAACGGCGGGAAAGUCCAAACAGAACCGGAGAAAUCCCCAAGCCUUUCAACCCCAACUCAAACUUUAGCUCCACAACAUACUCGUAUAAACAUUAAUGCAUCAGUUACACAGUCAAACAGUCAACCAAAUCAAUCCUACACUAAUAUCGUCCAUAGAUAUCGUCAGCCCUCACCAUUACAACGAUUUCCGAAAGCCUCAAACAAUCUGAUAGAACGAAAUUUUCUGCUAGGAAAUGUAGACCGCUCCCAGACUCUUCACACUAACCCUCCCGCGGGGACCGCCGUCAUAGAUCUUUGUCAAGAAACAUCAGACAAUUUAAAACGAGGCUCCAGUGAAGUAGAGGCCCGGACAGAACCGGUGAAGAAGAGAAGAGCAAGUGAUCUACAGAGUCUUCUGGAAAGUUUUGAGAAUUAUCGUCGGGAGCAGAGAGAAAGGGAAGAACAGAGGAUGCGACAGAUGAAGGAAAUGCAUGAGGAUGAGAUGAAAGUGACUAACCGCUUUCUAGACAUCAUCCAUCAAUAUGUUCAGAAUGGAAAUAACUGAUGAAAAAUUCAUUCCUUUUUUUUUGCUGCCCUUUUUUAAAUUUCGAAAAAUGACAGUUCCCAAAAAUAUCCCCCUUUUCUUCUGUAUUGAAAUGAGUAGCAAUUUUGUUAAUGUCUCUUCAAGUAGAAAAGAUAUUAAGAAAUGGAUUCAGGGUAUAUUAUCUGUGGUUUGACUCGACAUGCUUCGAAAUAGAAGCAUUGCCCUUACGCACAUAGUAGAACACUCGACAUGCGAUUAAUAAAAUGUUUUUAAAAUUUACUGCAUUUAA